UACCUAUUUUAAAUCAUUCCUUCCUGUAUAUUUGUACUCAGAGAGCCUUAUUUUAUUCUUCCAGCAGAAUUACUACUUGUGAUAGUUCAUUUACAUUCCCCAGAAUGUGCCUCUAGUGUGAAUUUUGUAUUCUUAUUAAACGUGUUUGCUGCAGUAAAUCAUUUCUCUGGACCUUCAUAGUUUAAGAAGUAACUAUUUGGAAACUCUGAAGACACAUAAUUUGCCUUUUCUGAACCUUAAAAAAAAAGUGUACAGAAGAUACAGGGAGUUAAGGAACAAUUUAAAUGUUACCAAGAAGAAUCAAUUGGACAAAUCCAGAAUCUGAGACAUUCUACAACAUAAUUGGCUUGGUUUCUUCAAAAAGUCCAUCACAAAAGAAAAAAAAAGAUGGGUUUCGCCAUGUUGCCCAGGCUGGGCUCAAACUCCUGGGCUCAAGUGAUCCUCUCGCCUCAGCCUCCCAAAGUGCUGGAUUACAGUAGCCUCUUUGGAAUCCUGUACACCUAGCUUAUGGAAAUGCGUUAGCCCAAGCCGUGACAGAGCCAGUAACUAUUUUAGUGAAAAAGAAGAAGAGGGAGAAGGAGAAGAAGGAGAGGAGAAGAAGAAGAAGGAGGAGAAGGAGAGGAGAAGAAGAAGGAGGAGAAGGAGGAGUAGGAGGAGGAGGGAGAAGGAGAAGGAGAAGGAGAAGAAGAAACCAGGUAACAUAAUACAAAAGCAAGGAGUUUAAGACCUGAGAUGAACUUGUCUGUUUACGCUCUUGGGAUUCCGUAAGGAAAAACAGAGGUUUCUCCCCAAAAGAGAGUCUGGCACCUUCUCUGUUUUCUUUAAGGAAUGCCUGUUAGAAACAGGCUGUUAGAAACUAUUUUAGGUUCCUCAUGCAGCAGAGGGUGGCAAGAAAAAGGAGAGACAGCAGAAACAAAUGAAAAAACAGAUUCAGUCCACUGAGAAGGAAAAAAAAACUUGAUAAAAACAAACAAACCAAGGUCCUAGGAGGGAAAAAAACAAAACAAAACAUGAAGGCCUUUAAAAUACAGACACACACACACACACACACACACACACACACACACACAAUACACACAAACACAUCUUGGAUGUUAGCUUUUAAUUAAGCUGACUUUUAACCAUUAAGCUCCCUAAAAAAAUUCUUUUAAAUCUCAUUUCCGUAUUUUAGCUAGGACACAUUGCUGAUAUUUCAAAAGUAACACGAAUACCAAACCAGAAAGGGCUUGAUUUAGGAACAAAACCCAGGCUGAUGUGAUGAAAAAAAUAGGGCAGAACCUUAGUUACCAAACUGCAGUGUGAGGUGAUGCCAUUGCUUUUUUAGUUUGGCUUGGUUAGUUAAAAAAAAAAAAAAAAGGUGGCCUUGUUAUGUAACUGAAGCCCUUUAGGUAAUCUAAAUAAAAAAUCUUUCCCUUUUUUUUUCUUUUGCUGGCCGUUUUUUCUUUUUCCCUUUUUUACUUUUUCAAUUAUGGGAAUUUAGCCAAUUCAGAGGCCUUGUUCCCCACAAUUUGGACUUUCCUUUGGAUUUCAUCAAGGCUGAUAGAGUUGGUCAAACCCAAUGGGAAAAAAAAAAACAAAACAACAAAAAUACAAACAAGCAACAGUAACAACAAAAACAGCUAAGCAAAUCAAACAAACAAUUGCACAAUUUAUAUGAUUACUGAGUACUCUAAUGGUAAGAAUUUAAGACCAGCUGAUUGUGAAUCUUAACUUUAGCUAAGACAGAACCCUGAUUCAGCUACUUAUCUAAGAAUGGGUCUCAGGCUGAAGACUGCUCUCUACCAUCCUAGAAGCAGGAAAAAUCUCAAAUUGUUUUGAAGUGAGCUCAGACUCCACAAAAGAGUUACCUGCCUUCCAUUGUCAUGGAAGUAGGAAAACUUGCUCUCCUUGUUGGAAGCAAGUGAAACUCCAGAAGAGGGGUUGUAUAGCCAAGUAAACUUUAGAUCUCGACCAAGUUUUGGGAGAUCAGGGAUCCUCUAAACGGGAGGCUCCCAGGCCUCAGCCAAGUAUCCUAUUGGUUUGAGCCAUAAAGAUAGCUCAAGCUGGUACCAAGCACCAAUAAGAAAUUUGUCAAAGGUCAGGGGAACCUCCACUCAGAAUCCCGCUGUGGUUGCCAAUUGUGAACCCAAAAUAUCUGAGACAGGUCUCAGUCAAUUUAGAAAGUUUAUUUUGCCGGGACUCUAUAGUGGUGAUUGGUUGUUUCAUUAUGGAUGGAGGGGAUGAUGGUAACCUUGUUAUCAAAAAGAGGUUUGUGUCUGAGGCAGAACUAGAUGAACGGUGCAAAAGGAGGCAAGAAGAAUGGGAGAAAGUUCGAAAACCUGAAGAUUCAGAAGAAUGUCCAGAGGAGGUUUAUGACCCUCGACCUCUAUAUGAAAGGCUACAGGAACAGAAGGACAGGAAGCAGCAGGAGUAUGAGGAACAGUUCAAAUUCAAAAACAUGGUAAGAGGCUUAGAUGAAGAUGAGACCAACUUCCUUGAUGAGGUUUCUCGACAGCAGGAACUAAUAGAAAAGCAACAAACAAAAGAAGAACUGAAAGAACUGAAGGAAUACAGAAAUAACCUCAAGAAGGUUGGAAUUUCUCAAGAGAACAAGAAGGAAGUGGAAAAGAAACCGACUGUGAAGCCCUUAGAAACCAAGAACAAGUUCUCCCAGGUGAAGCUGUUGGCAGGAGCUGUGAAGCGUAAGAGCUCAGAGAGUGACAACAGUGUAAAAAGACUGAAACCGGACCCUGAGCCAGAUGACAAGAAUCAAGAGCCCUCAUCCUGCAAGUCUCUCAGAAACACCUCCCUGAGUGGCCCCUCCAUCCACUGCCCCUCUGCUGCAGUCUGUAUCAGCAUCCUCCCAGGCCUGGGCGCCUACUCUGGGAGCAGCGACUCUGAGUCCAGCGCAGACAGUGAAGGCACCAUCAAUGCCACCGGAAAGAUUGUCUCCUCUAUCUUCCAAACCAAUACCUUCCUUGAGGCCCCUAGUUUCUCUGUCCUUACACAGGGAGCUCCUCCCCAGUAGUAGAUCGGACCAUUCACGCUGCCUUACAGGCAUUAUGUCCCUCAAAAAAAAACUCCUUUGCCUGCAUCCUGUGCACAACAUGACAUUUUUAACCAAUGCAAUCUAAAAAUGUGCUAGAAUCCAUCUGUGGCCCAAAUCGUGUUUGGUUUCUCGUUCUACUCCAGUGCAGAUGACCAAACCUGUCCCGCUGCUACUUUCCUCACUGAUAUUGGGAGGAGGGAAAGGCCCAGCUGAAGUUCUACUAAAAAUGCCCUAGGAGAAUAGGCACCGGCCGACUUGCCAAAGGGUUUAGGCUUCAUUGCUUUCUGUUUUUUACUUUUCCCCAACAGCACAAAGAAGUAAGGGCAGUUACUGGACAGGUGUUAUUGAAACAUUCUAUUGUAGAUGAAUGUGUUGUUUGGUUCUACUGCAUUGUGGAGCAUGUGGGGGAAGAGAACUGACCCGGGUGAUGAAAUGGAGCCCUUCCCUGGAACUCACCAGUCCUUGAUGUUGUGUGACUAAGUAAAGAUGAUAAACGUCAUCUGCUGGGGGUGUCACUUCACACUCGGCAUGCAUUGUGAAAGCUUUCCGUAUCCUUGGCCAUUCCCUCUCGCCUCUCUAUCCAACCCCAUUUAUGCAUGAAGGGACUGCUAACAAGAAAGCUUCCAUCUCAAACCUUUUCUCUGCUUGGGAAAUUAUUUUAUGUUUGUUUUUGAAAUGAUUUAGUUUAAGAUUCUAAAUUUUAGAGAAAAAAAAAGAAAGUUUAUUUUGCUAAGGUUAAGGACACACCCAUGAUAUAGCCUCAGGAGGUUAUAAUGACAUGUGCCUAAGGUGGUCAGGGCACAGCUUGGUUUUAUACAUUUUAGGGAGACAUGAGACAUCAAUCAAUAUAUAUGUAAGAUGUACAUUGGCUCAGUCCAGAAAACUGGGACAACGAGAAGCAUGGAGGGGCUUCCAGGUCAUAGGUAGAUAAGAGAGAAAUGGUUGCAUUCUUUUGAGUCUCUGAUUAACCUUUUACUAAAUACACAACUUACAUGUGAGAGGGGGCAUAGAGGAAUAGUCACUUAUACCUUAGUCUGGCUUAGUGAAACAAUAAGGCAAAGGAAGCACAGAUACGCAUUUGUCUCACAUGAGCAGAGGGAUGACUUUGAGUCCUGUCUGUCCUUUGUCCACAAGGAAUUUCCUUGUGUGCAAACUGUGAGGGAGAUAUGUCACUUUUUAAUCUUGGUAGCUAUCUCAUUUAGAAACAGAAUGGGAGGCAGGUUUGCCCAACGACGCAGUUUCCAGCUUGACUUUUCUCUUUGGCUUAGUGAUUUGGGGGUCCCGAGAUUUACUUUCCUUUCGCACCAUCAAGGGACUUCUGUAGACUCUGUACAUGAGUACAGGGAUCACCAGAGACCCCCUUUUUAUGAGUUCCCAUGCAGUGGAGCUGCUGAGGUAGGAUUAAUUUCUCUGCCUUCUUCCCCUGCCAUAGACAAUGUUUAACCUGAUUAUGCUCUGCAGGCAAGUAGCCACCCUUGGAUAUUAAUCUCCUUAUCGAAUAAGAUAAACUGUGAAGAAGGCAUGCCGUAAAGGAGGGAAUGCAAAGCUAGAAAAUAUGUUCGAAUCUGUCAUGGGAAGCAUGGAGGGAGAAAUGAAGAUGUGUGGACAUCUAGUAUUUUCUCUGCUUUCCCUUCUCUCUGGUCCUUUAAAAUUUUCAAU